AUGAGCUGGCAACGGUUUUAUACGAACAGACUCGGAAAAUUAAGAGCCACCUACCCACCACUCACACACAUGACCUCACGAUAUAGAUCGACCGUUCUAACCACAUCUCGAGCAACAACCAAGCAAGAAGAAAGCCAGAAAGGCAAAAAUAUUGACCGACGCAGGGAUCGAACCUGCAAUCUCUUGAUUCGUAGUCAAGCGCCUUGCCAUUGGGCCAGCCGGCCUGUGAAGAUUUUGAUCCCGUUUUGCUAUAUGGGGCAGCGGACCAUUUUAGGGCAGGCCCCACUUAAAAAGUCCGCAUUGGGAGUUUUGUGCCGUUUUCAACGGUCAUUCUCUAGACCCGGAGUU